AUGGUUAACGUCCACCGCCGCAACACGGCCAUCGCUGCCAGUGUCUUCUACUUCCUUACGAUUCCGUUCCUCAUCCUUGUCAUUAUCGGAAACACACACAUCAACUCAACACUAAACGACAUCUACUUCUUCCAGCUCGAUGUGUCGCAAGUCAUUCCCAUCUCGGUCGAAAACUCGAAACUCCUCAACUCUGUCGCCCGAAGUCUAGGUCUUCACGAUUUCUACCAGGUUGGACUAUGGAAUUUUUGCGAGGGUUAUAAUGAUGAAGGUGUCACAUACUGUUCCAACCCUAAGCAGUGGUACUGGUUCAACCCCGUCGAAAUCCUCGUCAGCGAACUGCUUGCGGGAGCCCAGAUCGCUCUCCCUGCAGAGGCUGUCACCGUCCUCAACCUCCUCAAGAUUGGCUCCAGGAUUAUGUAUGGUUGCUUUAUGGCCGGCAUCGUCGUCAACUUUGUCCUCAUUCCUCUGAGCUUGCUUGUUAUCCGCACUCGCUGGUGGAGUUUGCUGCUCUCACUUCUCUCGGCCAUCACAGCAGUCCUUGUUACCCUUGCUGCGGUCAUUGCGACGGUUAUUAGUAUUGCGGCAAAAGUCGCCCUUACCGCACAGGAUCAACUCAAUAUCAGGGCAAACAUUGGUAUCAAGAUGUUUGUCUUUAUGUGGAUUGCUGCCAUCUUUACCGAUCUAGCUUUCCUCCUGCAUGCUGCCAUGGGCUGUUGCUGCAAGCCAGACCGACAAGCACAGACUUCAUCGCAACACUCCAUGUCUGAAACCAAGAGCAAUAGGAUGUCCUUGCCAGGAUUUGUUCGUCAAAGGAAGAGCCACACGUCCUCGUCAUAG